CCCACCUCCUUCCCACAGGCUGGGCUCAGAGGGCACCGGGGACCGGGCAGUGAGCGCCGAGAUGUGGGCCGCGCUGCCGCUGCUGUGCGCUGGGGCCUGGCUUUUGAGUGCCGGGGCCACCGCGGAGCUGACCGUGAACGCCAUAGAAAAGUUUCACUUUAAGUCAUGGAUGAAACAGCAUCAAAAGACGUACAGCUCGGUGGAGUACAACCACAGGCUACAGAUGUUUGCCAACAACUGGAGGAAGAUUCAUGCCCACAACCAGAGGAACCACACAUUUAAAAUGGCAUUGAACCAGUUUUCAGAUAUGAGCUUUGCUGAGAUAAAACACAAAUACCUCUGGUCAGAGCCUCAGAAUUGCUCAGCCACCAAAAGUAACUACCUCCGUGGUGCUGGCCCCUACCCCUCCACCAUGGACUGGCGGAAGAAAGGAAAUAUUGUUUCGGCGGUGAAAAAUCAGGGGGCCUGUGGCAGCUGCUGGACUUUCUCCACCACGGGGGCCCUAGAGUCGGCAGUGGCUAUUGCCAGUGGGAAAAUGCUUUCUUUGGCUGAGCAGCAGCUGGUGGAUUGUGCCCAGGACUUCAACAAUCAUGGCUGCGAAGGGGGUCUCCCCAGCCAGGCUUUCGAGUACAUCCUGUACAACAAGGGCAUCAUGGGAGAAGACAGCUACCCAUACAUUGGCAAGAAUGGUCAGUGCAGAUUCAAUCCCCAAAAAGCUGUUGCAUUCGUCAAGAAUGUUGUCAACAUCACACUCAAUGACGAGGCUGCCAUGGUGGAGGCUGUGGCUCUAUACAACCCUGUAAGCUUUGCCUUUGAGGUGACUGAAGAUUUUAUGAUGUAUAAAAGUGGCGUCUACUCCAGUAAAUCCUGUCAUAAAACUCCAGAUAAAGUAAACCAUGCAGUCCUGGCUGUUGGCUAUGGAGAACAGAAUGGAUUACUCUACUGGAUUGUGAAAAACUCUUGGGGCUCCCAGUGGGGGGACAAUGGGUACUUCCUCAUUGAGCGUGGGAAGAACAUGUGUGGCCUGGCUGCCUGUGCCUCCUACCCCAUCCCUCAGGUGUAAGCCCCCGCUGCACAGCCAACUGGUUGGUAGACAAAGGAACUGGUCCUUCGACGAGAAUGCCGCCCUGGAGAAAACUGUGCCGACGUGUAGAUGCCUAAAGACAGUAAGGAAGAACUUGACCAGCAACAAGCCCACCCAUGUGACACCAUCACCAGCCAUAAAGCUUUGAAUGUGGUUUUUAAAUGAUCCAAACCCACGUGGACCUAGAAUCGUCUCUCUUUCCAGCUCUCUUCACAUAGUGAGAGCUGCAGUGGUUACCUUUUCUAUGUUGUGUAUUCAAUAAACACACAGUGAAUUCCUCCCCAGA